CGUUAAUAUUAGCUAUAAAUCACUAUAAAUAAUUGAAUUUACACAGUCAUGUACGCUGUGUUCAAGCGUAUGAUUAUAUGGAUUGACAGAUUGUAUUGAAACUAUGAAUCAUAUCGUUUAAAUUUCCCUUUUCAUUGAAUACUUUUAAUUAUCUUAAUAUUCGAAAUUCGAAGAAAUCAAAGCAAUAUCAUGAUUCGUUUUUGGUAAUAUCAUUCAUUCAAGAAAAUUUAAUGUUUUCUGAAAUUUUAAGUGCAGAAUGCCAAGAUUCGUUGGACAUUAUAUAGGAAUAUCCUUUCAGGCUGAAUUAUUAGUAAUGACUCUGUUAGGUUUGCUCAACAGCACAUUGGAAUGGCAUCCUUUUGACUGGUCCCAACAAAUUGAAAAGAUUUGGAAUUUGUCAUUGACUCAACAGUACUUCUUUCUCUCUACAGAUUUUGAGUAUUGGAUAAAAAUAACCCUAACAUGGAUCGUUAUCACAAGGAAGAUAGUUGCUUAUGUUUACACAUUUUUAUACAUGAUCAAUUUUUAUCCAAUUUUAACAUGGAGUCGACCAAAUUUACUUCUGCCAUGGUUGAUCCUGAGUUUUUUUCAAAAUCUUAUAUUAAAAUUGAUUGUUAUAGCUAUAUUCAUCUGGCUAUGGGGUAAAGAAAGAUUUUCUUCGUUUCGAAUGGUCGAAUUUGUUGUCGUUGAACUUAUUUCAUUAACCAAUUCUGCUUACAUAUGGUAUGCAAUUGCAUGUUCUUAUAUAGAGUUGAAAAAAAUAGAAAGGAUUAGAAAGAUAAGGAAAGCUUUACAAGCAAAAUAUUCUAUUGCAUAUAAUAUCUUCUCGGAUGGCAGUAGCAUGGAAAUAAUUAGCAACGAAUCAACAUUCGAUUUGUACUCAGGAAGACGUUGUAUGAGUUUACCUAAUCUGAACGACGCAUUUUAUAGUUCAAUUUUCAACGAUUCCAACGAAAGUAAAAUAUCUAGAUCGUUGACAACGUUAACGACUAUCAGUAGUUUUGAAUCUGAUGAUACAGAAGAAGUUAUUUCUCAGAUAAUUCGUAAUAAUAAUUUGAUACCUAUUGAGAAAUGUAUGAAGCUUUUGGGAUUAACUGAUGUUGAUAUAAUCAAUGCACGUGCUAGAGUCCGCAAAAGGAUGUUAGAGAGUGCUAUAAUUUAUAAGAUACAAGAUGAAUAUGCAAAGAAAAAGGAGAUAGGAAAAAUUGAUCUGAUAAAAGAUCGCAGGAUAAGAGAUCCAUCUAUCAUUGAUUAUUUGAUGGCGAAAACUGACAUGCCUAUAUUUCAUAUAAAUGAUAAUCGUGUUGAGAAGUUUAGAGAAGUCCAAAAGAUUAAUGAUAAGACUGAAGAUGUUUCAGUUGAAGCAAAAAGAGAAUUGAUCCAUGAAGAAGUAAUGGAAUUGACACAAGCUAAGGAAUCCAUAACAGCUUUUGUACUAGAUUGUAUCGAUGAAAAAGAAGAAACAAAAUUAGAAUUUAUUAAGAAGAAAGAAAAGAAAAAGUCAUGUCCAUUAACGAGAGAGAAAGUAGAAUCUAGACCAUGUUUUCCUCUCGUAGGGGAUAGACAAUUAAUGGAAUGUCCUUUCAAGGAACAAACUAUCCUUUCUAAAUCUAUUUAUCCUUGCCUUUUAAAUAAAAAAAAUAAAUGUUUAAGUAAAGUUUAUUGUACAUCUAAUCAUGAAAUUGAUGUUCUAAUAAAUAAUAAUAAAAUUCCAGAAGAGAAUAUUACUUCCUUGGAUGACACAGACAUUAGAAAAUUAUCCAAAAAUAAUGCAACCAUUACUAAUAUUGACCAAGAAGAAGAUACAAAGAUUAAUUGUAAUACUUUUUUACGAAGUCAAAUGAUUAAUGCAAAAGAUUUCAUUCAUACAAAAUUGGAAAAUAAUUCU